CUCUGUGUGGCAAAAGACUGGAUGAACAGUAAACCUGUCAACUACGUCCAGAGCCGUAAAGUGAAGACUGUGCCGCCAGAAAUGAUGUGGCAUGGGGGUGGACAGAUGGAAUUUUAAGUCAACAUAUCGCUUCUUACCAAAGGAAAUAGCCUACCACCAGCCAUACUGUGCUUUUUUCACAACACGUCUUUUAAUGGGCAUAGUUGUGAAUCCACGAUUGCAUAUCGCUUAAUGUGACAUUUUGUAGAUGUGUCCAGAAUCGUAGCCUGUCAGAUAGCUAUCCGAUCCAGAUAGAUUAACAGGAGGGACGAGAGACCUGAUCAUUCGUCAAAAUCCAAACCCAUAUAUUGCAUAGCUUAUUUGCACUGCCUGCUGUAAAAAAAAAAUCUCAAAAAAGAUCGAUUAACACGUUCAUGAAACUAAAUGCAUGUUUUAUGCGUACAAAUACGACAAUUUUAUAACGAAAUUGUCUUGUUGCAUUCAGAUAUUGUCGGAGGGCACGUUUAAAAUGAAGCGUUCAUGUGCGUGAUACUGUUGUCAACAUUGUUAACGUUAGUCUCUGCGUUUCAAAAUGGCGGACCACGGCGAGGAACAAGAUGCUGAAGUUGAUGAUGAGUUGUAUGAAGUUGUGGACAUCACAGAUUAUGCCAGACGCCAUCAGUGGUGGAGCCGCGUCUUUGGGAACAAUUCUGGCCCGAUAGCUGAGAAGUACUCAGUGGCCACCCAAAUCAUGAUGGGAGGAGUCACUGGUUGGUGUGCAGGGUAUCUCUUUCAAAGAGUGGGGAAGAUUGCUGCCACUGCUGUUGGUGGCGGAUUUCUACUUUUGCAGAUUGCCAAUCACAGUGGAUAUGUACAGGUCGACUGGAAGAAAGUUGAGAAGGAUGUCAACAAAGCCAAGAAACAUCUAAAAAAGAGAGCUAACAAAGCUGCUCCUGAGCUGAACUCAUUCAUAGAAGAGUCCACAGAAUUUGUGAAAAGGAACAUUGUCAUGUCGAGCGGAUUCGUUGGAGGCUUCCUGCUGGGUCUGGCAUCUUAAGCAUUACAGGAGCGGAGUCUGCUGUCAGUCAUCUCGAUCAAGAAAUGCGUUCCCUUUCAUUACUGUGAAACACGGUCUCAUACCGCAGUAUGCAGUGUGGGGCCCUCGGUACUCCACGUCGUCGUUGUCUGUGCGGCAUGCUCAGUUACAAAACCCCUCUCAUACUACUGCGUCUCUACAGUCAGUAGAGUUGACUGGGUGCGCACUACAAGCUGCACAACACAACACCACACAAGCCAAACGCCAUUAAGAUGUAGGUGUCCUGUAUAUUUUGGUCCAUCUGUUUUGGUUGAUUUGUAGUGUUGUCGGCUUAAGAAUCUCAUGGAAGUAUCAUCCUCAGCGUUGGUUGUGCUUCCAGUUUAGUAGGAAAACUAGAAAUUUCCUCGUCAUGUACUGUAUUUGACCAUAAACAGAAUCAUAUCUUGGUUUUUACAGUAUGUGACUUGCCUUUUGGACAGUGCAAUAUUUGAAGUCAAAUCUAAUAAAGCCUAUUCUUAUCUGCUGUGCACAAAUACCAAAAUAACCUUUAUUGUUUACUAAUUUUCUGUUGCUCUGUUACUCUGUGCAUAUAUCUGUAAUACAACUCUGAAACAAA